AUGUCAACUCGUUACAUCGCCGAGGUCGACCAGUCCAGGGAGGACCGCGACAAGCUGCGCGUGAAUGAGAUCCUCGCUCCCCACAUGAACGUUCAGUGGACUACGACAUACGGACUCAACUGGGCCACCGAGAUACCCUCCCCUGGCUCGGCCGUCACAUACACCGGCAGUUGGCAGAAGUGUGACCUGGGCGCUUCUUACACCCUGGACCAGAACGGUGAUUGGUCCGCCAAGCAGGACAAUCCCAAUGCGAAGUCUGACUCUCUGAACGUCGCUUCCAAUGAUUACGCAGUUGCGGUUCAUAUCAUUGUUGGCGUACAAGACCCCUCUUCCAAGAAGUGGACUCCGAUCUGGGUUGGCAAGAACAAGCUGCUGAAGGGCUCCCACGGAGAAUACCAGCCCAUUGAGACUGUCAACAUUUGGUAUCAGCAAGGGGAUCAGACCGCGACCAUGAUUUCCAACCAGGCCACAUCGGUUCAGCCAUACGAAAUGCCGGCUGCGCGCCCAGUCUACUUUUCAUAUGAUGCGAGCAAAGGGAAAUGGCGUACCCCUCAGGAUCAGCCCUUCGAGUUUCCUUGA